UCAUAGCCUCAUAUAGGAGUCGUAGGUAAUGGUAUCUGCGUAUCUGCGUAUCUGCAUAUCUCUGGCUACUCCUACAUCAAGAUAACUUCAAAAACUUGGUUCCCUUGCGUUGUGUAAUCAAUCGUCUCCGUCGUACAUGUUAUCGGCAUCGCAUAAGUCACGAGUUAUACGCGAGUAUUUGUUUUGUAUGUAUUAGUAUUGUGUGUUGUGGUAACUGGUAGUAGCAGUAGCUGGACAGAUAACAUUGUCAAUUGUGUUCGUUCGCAGAAUUUGCUUCAAACUUGGCAAUUGGUAUUUCGUUUCGUACAUCGUACUCGAAGUCAAAGUCAUUAUUCGGCGUGAAAUUUUAUUGCGAACAUUAUUGUAAAAAUUUUUUCUACCUCUAUUUCAGAUUCAGAUACGUAGACCAAGUUGGCUACGACUGGCUUGGUAUGCCACAUUAAUUGCAUGAUAAAGACGACAAACAGUAGGGGAUUAUUGGUAUUGGUUUGGUUGAAUUCUUCGUCAGAAUCAGAAUCCAGUACCUCUAGGUACGUAGACGUACCAGUAGUGCUAAUGGCGAGUAUCGUGCAAUUGGUGGAAAAUCAAUACGAGUUUGAUGAAACAGAUACCACGGUGCCGUAUCAUGAAGAAAUCAGGCUCAAGUUAAUGAUAAAGCUGUAUUUUCCAUGGGUAACUAUAAAUCGGAUUGAAAAACUCAAUAACAAAUUCCUAUAUGCUUCGUUUAUGCUCAAGAAGAAUGAAAAGAGAAAUUAUAAUGUCACUGAAUUGAUCCAUGCGACUGCAGCCUCGAACGUUCACUCGAUUGAAAGAGAUAAUCUAGAUUGGAGAAGGGUCCAGAGGGCCAAAUACGGCUACGGUGUUUCAUUUUCGAGAAACGCUGAUUACGCAAAUUACCACAGCUCUUGGACCGGAGGAUCUCAGAAAGCGUUCAUUAUAUGCGAUGUGUUAGUCGGCGAUCUGGCGCUCACAAAUUCGUGCGCAACUAUCCCUGCGGGAAAGUGUGAUACGCAUAGGAGUACCAAUGGCCAUGUGUACGUGAAAUAUGAAGAUUUCACGUUCUAUCCGAAAUACGCUCUGUAUUACGAUAAACCUGAUGACCGUCUUUCCAAGUUUAAUAGAAAUCGACGAGGAAGAAGGUUUUGGUACCCAUAUGUUUUUGAUUUCAUGUUUACCUACGAGUAUAUAAGAAUCCUCCGACGGGAAAAAAUCAACAGCUCGGAGAACGCUGAAGAAAUUAACGUCGCAAUUGAACCCAGCCAGGUACUCGAAGUCGAAGUGGAAGUUCCCAUCAAUCCCAUCAUCAAAAUCAACUCAAAUUUGGACAACUGUAAUGAAAAAGAAGCAGACGCGGUCGAAGAAAACUCUUCGUCUUCACAAUCGGUAGAAAAUUGUGAAAUAAAUGUGAAUCCCGAUUACGAAACCGUCCCUGCCGCGAUAACGAGCGAGGAUUUAAAUGAAGAAAAAAAAGCAGAAACACCCGAAGAGAUCGUAAAAAAGAUUCUAUCGACGGAGAACAUUAACCAGGCAGAUUUGAACAAAAGAGUACUUUUAACAUUUGAAACGGACAUAGUGGAUUUAAUAUCGAAAACAUGUCAAUUCGAUGAAAGUAAACUAAUCAGUCACUACCAGAAAAACAGCUUGAUAAGAAUGGUCACCAACAGCUUCCCAAAAGUCAAAAUCGAUAAAGUAGAGAAGUUGAGCAAUAAAUAUUUGUACGCUGCUUUUAUGCUGAAGAAAAACGAGAAAAAAAAUUAUCGAAUUAUAGAAUUGAUUCAUUCGACAGCCGCCGAGAAUGUCUCGUCAAUCGAACGAGAAAAUUUAGAUUGGCGACGAGUCUACAGAGCAAAAUAUGGCAAAGGAGUUUCAUUUUCAAGCAACGCCGAUUACGCUAAUUAUCACAGUUCUUGGUCUGGUGGAAAUCGACGAGCUUUCGUUAUAUGUGAUGUGUUAGCCGCUUCAGAAACGCGCGUCGACGAUAAUCAAAAAGAAGCUCCCGAAGGAAAGGUUGAUAUUUUUAAAAGUCGCAAUGGGCAUGUUUAUGUUAAAUUUGACGACUUCACAAUUUAUCCAAAAUAUGCGUUGUAUUACGAUAAACCACCGAGUGAGCAAUCGAAAUUUUAUAGGAAACGAAAGUACUUCACAUUCGACAAUUCGGAUUCAGACGAUGGAUUUUAGAACUAAAAGCUCGCAGUUGCAAACUAUGUACGAGUAUACCUACCUAUUGUAUAUGUAUUUAUUCGUACCUAAUAUUUUUCACACCAUCUUUUCAUCGUGAGCGUUAUUUUUAAAUAAACAUGUGUGGUUUAAAUUAAUAGAUAGAUUAGAAAGCUUUAUCGAAUAUUUCAAACUAAAAAAAUUUAUUCACCAUUGUAACGUUAAUUUGUUCUUAGUAUUUCGAGAUAGUUAUAUAUACUUUUUUUUGUUGAGAUAAGUAGGUAUUAGGUAUAUGUACACGUAUAUGAUUAUGAUUUAAUAUACCAACAUAAAUGAAUAAUAUUCACCACAGA